GGUCACAUAUGGGACGUAACCAGCGUGGCGAUCAGCAGAGAUGGGAAGACGGCAGUCAGCGCGAGUUGGGACAACACUUUGAUUGUGUGGGACCUGGAGAAGAUGAACGAGAAGGCUUGUCUCCAAGGUCACGAAUCGUGGGUAAACAGUGUGGCGAUCAGCGAGGACGGGAGGACGGCAGUCAGCGCGAGUAACGACUCGUCAGUGAUUGUGUGGGACCUGGAAGAGAUGAAGGAGAAGGCUUGUCUCUAUGACGUUGAAUGUGGCUGUGUGCUGAGCGUGGCGAUCAGCGAGGACGGGAAGACGGCAGUCAGUGCGUGUACUGAUGAGAUUUUGAGGGUGUGGGACCUGGAGGAGAUGAAGGAGAAGGCUUAUCUCCAAGGUGAUGAAUGGGAAACGCGAAGCGUGGUGAUCAGCAGAGAUGGGAAGACGGCAGUCAGCGGGGGCGCAAACAAGAAACUGAUUGUGUGGGACCUGGAGGAGAUGAAGGAGAAGGCUUAUCUCCAAGGUCACGAAUCAUGUGUAAACAGCGUGGCGAUCAGCGAGGACGGGAAGACUGCAGUCAGCGGGAGCGGGGACAAGACAGUGAGGGUGUGGGACCUGGAG